AGACAUUCUCCAGGCUGUUCAGUUCUCGCCAUCGUCGUGUCCAAUAACCUGAUACGUUUUCAGCCCUGUAACUUCUAAUUCAUCGCCCUUUGUUCAAUAUGACAGACAAGAUAUCUUUGAAGCCAGCGCUCGCAGUUUUGGAGAAUGGACCAACUAACGAGCUCCAGACUCCAUCGUCAAUUACUGCGGUAACAGAUCAAGAUUACCUAGAGGAAGGAGAGAUCACCGAGGAAGACGGAUCGAGUACUGCUUCAACUCCUCCCCGAAUCGCGGGCCAGCUGUUGAAGACAUCAAGUAGCACAAAUCUUCCCUCUGAAUCUGCCCAGAGCUCCCGUUUAUCUUCUCCCUCAAUCACUGCCUGCGGCUCAAUAGUGGCAUCAACAGCACCACAAUAUUCGGAUGCGGGACCUAGUAUGACUCGCGAAGACCUGGAUCACACCAAGAACCUUGUGCUUGAUCUCCUAGGCUGGGGCGUCUCUCCUGAAUAUCUGGUCGAGGCUGGUGUGUCGUCGGGUGUGUUAUACAGGGUAUUUAGCGAUCUCAAUCUCCGUCUUCCUACAAAUCUUGUUCUUCCCCCCACUCAGACAUUUCCGCCAUCUGGCAUACGAUAAGCGUCUGUUUCCUCACUAUUCGGACAUUCCAUCGCUAUGUCGCCUCUGUUUUCGAUACUUUUUCUUUCAGUCUAUCGAACUAUUCGUUUUUUUUUUCGAGUGUUGCACGGGAAGUCUGGAUCCCAUUUUUGUUGUGGAGUCGGGUUCACUGUAAGCUACUGGUAUGAUCCUCAAGGUGUAUGAAGGGUUCUCGAAGCCAUGUGUCACUCACUUUCCAUCAUAGGCGGUUUUGACACAUUCCCAUUGAUAUUAAAAAGCAGGAUAAAGCACCAAACAACCUUGCCUUAGCCGCUUUUUCCUUCGUGUGCGUGGGCGCAAUUGGUAACUUGUGACACAGCCUAGAAUUUAUAUAAAUCUCUGUGCGA